UCCAGGGAAAGAAGGUUGUCCAAUUGGUUGGAUCACUCAAAUUCGUUAUAAUUGUCAAUGAUUUUAAGUGAAACUGUAACGUCGCUUAUUAUAAUUAUAUUUAGGGUGUUGUACAGAGACCUUGUAGAGCAAGAGGCAGCCAGGUUUAUUUAUUCAUUUAUUGAUUUAUUUAAUAAUUUGAGCAUACAUACAGAGGUACAAAAAAAAUACAGGUAAGAGCAGCAUGCCAAAGCCACUUGUAUGCAUAGCAUUACGGGAGGAACAGGUUUAAUUCUUUGCAUCAAGAGCCCCUCACCGGCAUCAAGGAAUCUCCCUUGAGGGAACUUAAUAACGUUAAUAAAUCUCCCUCUAAUCCUAGGUAAACCUAUACGGCUUGCUGUCAAAGAUUAUGACCCAAAUAAUGAAACUCUUAUCACAAGAGACUAAUAGUUCCCAACUUCCUUUUCAUACAAAUCAAACUGUAUCAGCUCUCCCUGCAUCAAGUGCCCUGCUUAUUACUCUUAUGGAACCUUUGUAAUCCUUUAGACGUUAUCAUUUCCCUGAAGAACAAAGGAAUUGCGUUAAUAACAUUACUUGGAGCUGAUAGUGUCCGCCUCAGUCUCGUGUGAGGAUAUGAAGAGUGUAGAUAACUCACAUUUUUCUCCCGCUAGCUUCAUCAUUAUUCUGUGUUGAGCAGCCGAGACAUCCACACCAGCCCUGGUGUUAUCCUCCAUAUAUCAUAUCCAGCCAAAUUAAGGAUAGAAAGGCAGGUGAUACGAAAAUGUUAUAAAGAUGUGAAACAGUGAACAAGAUAUUCAGGAGCCUUUCAUCUUACAGAUAUUAUUACACCACGUUUCCCGUUUUGAGACGGCGUUGUAUCACUUGUAACUACUGUUGGUGAAGCAGUCACUCAGAACUGCAGCAAACGAGGAAACUAUGACGGAAAGAUGGACAAAUACCCCGGAAAUAACCACACACUUCCUCUCCUUCCUGUUGAUGCUGUUGGUCACCCAGUCCCUCUCCAAGAGUGAAGAAGUCAACAAGACCAGACUGGAAAUGGUGAAAUCCUUCAGUAAGAUGCCAGGAGAAGUGUGUUUGAGGUGUCUUGGAGGACAAAACAAGGAGGAAGGAGUGACGGCAGUGCUUCGGCUGACGGUUAUUUCAACAGCCAAGAAGAUACGGAGGACAGCUGGGAACUGUACCAUCACGUCAGACCUCUUGUGUACCGAUACCUGGCAUACUCUCAUCUUCAGUAACGACAGUGACAACGACGAGCACUCCCUCAAGACCAAGAUGGACGGCAACAAGACCAUCACCUAUAACAAGUCCGACGUCCGUGUGUUACUCAACGUCUACAGGUUUCAAGUAGUCGAACUCAUGAUCAAGGGACGAGCUGAGUUAAGUGACUGUACGCCUCCAGACGUCUCCACCGCUUCAUUUGAAUCAUCAGAACAAACCCUCGCGUCCCUGUUCCUGAUCACCCUGGUGAUAUCAGUCGUUGUGGCAGUGGUGAUGACUGCUGCAUGUUGCUGGUACAGGUACAAGAUAAAGGUGUUGAAGAGCAAGAGCAACAAGCUGACAGAUGUUGAGUACUAGCCCAAGUUAUUACUACAAGCAGUUUCAGUCUGUGCUAGAACACUAGAAGCUAGCCAGCCAUGCAUACUGUACUUGGUCCUGGAUGUUUAAAAUUGCAAUUCUAUAAAUUCAUCCGAGCUUUCUUCUAAUCCCUUAAUAGUUUGUUAUUUUUAGCAUUUCAUCUCCAGGGUCAAGUGGGAGAGAAUUUUUCCAUAAGCAAUGCAUGUUGUAUUAUUAUUAUUAUCAAGGGGAAGUGCUAAACCAAUGCAUGUUGUAAAAGGUGACUAAAAUGCUGAGAGUAAGAGACUAGUAACCCCUUCUGUAUAAAUUACUAAACAGACAAAGAAGGUAUCUGAUAAUUAUGCUAGUUAUUGUAAUGAACUACUGGUAGUAGUAUUUUUUUUAACACAUCGACUGUUUCCCACCGUGGCAAGGUAGAAUGUAAUGAGCAAAAGUACUAGUUUGCUUGGAUGAGUUUUUGGUUUACAUUUGUAGACACAGUUCUCUCUAUAAUACUUUACAUCUGAUUUUUCAUCUAUGAAUAUUCAGUAGUAGUGGUGUUUUGGUCAUUAGGAAAGUCUCUUAAUACAGGUCUUGCUAGAUGACCCAUCCAUGAAGCAAGCAACCACUGGCAUACAGCUGCAAUAUAGUCUAGCACUGUCAAGAAUCUACUGAUUUACCAGAGCUGGUUUUCCAUCUUAUUUAAAACAUUGUCAUAGAAUACAUUUCUGCAAACAGAAAGUGGUCUUUUAAGUAUUAAUUUCAUGAAAACAAUUAUGUGAAGAAAUUUAAAUUUAUGCAAAUAUUGUCUAACUUAACUAUUAAGCGUUAACCAUAUGCAGUAAUACAAUUUUAUACAAUAAGACCGAAUCUUAAUUAUUAAUAUUAGCCAUUACUUUAUAAAUUAUAUAUUAUUACAAAGGGAAUCACUAAACCCAUAAGGGUCAUACAGCUCAUGGGGGAUGAGAGGCAAUCAGGUGUGAUCAAUUUGUAGGACAGGUCCACUUCCUUGCCUUUGAUCAAUAUACAGUAAUCAGUUUUAUACUUUCAUGGUAAGGUGUUAAAUCUAUAAGUGUCAGAGUGACUGAGGAAUGGGAUGGGCAGGAGAUAAUGUUUGAUCCGAAGAAAUGAAGUAUCUACCAGCCCUUAGAUCAAAAGCCUUCGACCAGCACAAUGACGACCCCCCCUUGAAUUAUUCUUACAUUCAUGAGGAGUACUAUGCCUGUGGUCAUACAGCACUUGAUGUUGUGGAAGGCAUUCAGACUAGUCGAGACAUUGGGACACCAGUUUAGUUCCUUUGAUCAAGAGUCCAUCAGCAUCAGGAAACCUCCCUCAAGGAGAACUUCCCUUAAAGGGCAGCUGCUUAUGAAGACAACAUAUUUUCACAUCUAUUGUUUCUAAUGCAAAACAUCUGCUGUGCAGUACAUGAGCCCUGGAGAUUUACUGGUUUUUCUUAUUGAGCAAGCUUAAAUCCACUAUGCCAUGCCACUGGUUGAAUUGCAAAUUGUGCUCGGGUUUAAAUAUGUAUUUUCCAUGUGAUAGAUAAGAGAUUGGUUCAUGUAUGAAAAAAGAAUGUAAUCCCUUCCAACUGACAGAAGGGCUCAACAGGGUAUGGCUUUCUCCUCGGGCAAUAAAUAAUACCACACUAAGUUCAG